GCCCGCUCCGCUGCGUUUACAGCUGGGUGUGAGUUUCCUGGCCGCAUGAAGCAUGAAAAGAUGGGAUUCACAGCGGAACUUUCGUUAGGAAUUUGAUGGCAAUCAAGUUUAGUUAAAUUUAAUUUUCAAGGCUAGGAUUCUAUGUGCACAGCCCUGAUAUGCACCGGAUAUCAUCCCGAAUUUAUAUUGUUAUACAUAUACGAAAAGCAGUGAACUCUGCUCUGCAAUCGUCUGCAUCGUCGUCCUUGCUCUCUGUUGCGGCGACACGCACAGGCCAGAGCCCGUCGGGAUGGAAGGCGGCGGCUCCGGUGGGCGGGCCGCUGCCGUCGUCCCCGCGCGUAUGACCACCUUGUCCCGGCACUACUUCGGCGGCAGCGCGUCUGAGCGCCACCACGACCUCCGCGUGGACAUCGUCGAGUCGUUGCAGCGUCUUUGAAACAUCUGGCGCGUCAAGGCGGAAGUUGCCAUGCUGCUGCCUGAUGGAACGCCGAGGAAGUGCUUGAUAGAUUGCCGCCAAGGCGUUUGCUACGUCGUGGUGCGGUGCUACAUGAAGCACGAGCCAGUGGUUUGGAUUUUCGCCCUCAUGGCUCUGCUGCUGUGCUCUUGUUUCCUGAUUUUCUUUUGGUUGGGUUUACAUUCUACAUAGCACAGAACAUCCAGGAGGACUACGGCAUGUUUGUCUGGCCAUGCAGUGUCAUCCUUGCCGAGUAUGUGUGGCAGCACAGAUCACGGUUCUCUGCUUCCAGAGUUGUUGAGCUUGGUGCUGGGACCUCACUGCCAGGAUUAGUAGCUGCAAAGGUUGGGGCAGAUGUAACACUAACAGACAUUGCGCAGAAUGCAGAAGUACUGAACAACAUCAGAAGCAUAUGUGCUCUCAAUGACGCCAAUUGUACUGUUUCGGGACUUACAUGGGGAGACUGGGAUGAAUCGGUAUUUGAUUUACAUCCUGACAUUAUUCUUGGAGCUGAUGUACUUUACGACUCAGCAAAUUUCGAUGAUCUGUUCGCGACGGUGACCUUUCUUCUCGAAAAUUCUUCUGGGGCGGUUUUCAUAACCACAUACCACAACCGCAGUGGUCAUCAUCUGAUUGAGUUUUUGAUGGUCAAGUGGGGUUUGAAGUGUUUGAAACUGCUGGAUGGUUUCUCCUUCCUACCGCCAUGUAAGGCUGCUUUACUUCAGGGGAAUAUUCAGCUUGUCGAAAUUGCGCUUGACAAGGAAAAACAUAAAUGACCCUGAGGUGAGGAGUUGACGAAAAGCACAGAGAAAUGGAAUGCCAUAUUUGGUCCUCUGCAUACAUGUACGAGCAACUCCAUGUCAAGCCAUCCGUUUGGACUGUCAUCAUAAGGAUGUUCUUUUAAUUAAAAGAAACUCAUGGGGAGCAUCGUUGUUCGAAUAGCCUAUGCAUGCAAGAAAAAACAGAAAAUGUUAGCAGAUAUGUACUCUUUUGUGACAUCUGUACAGAACAUGUUGGUUUCCUGAAAAAAGAUGCAGAAUGUCCUUUUCUUGAUGUAUUCGAAAAAAUGAGCUAAAUGCAUAACUUUACACAACUUCUUUAAGUUUC